CUACGGCGUUCGAUGUACGCGAGCGCACCCAAGUGGGCCUCACCGGCGGACGCUCCUGCUCCGCCAUCUCCGCGGGCACCAAAAUUUUGAACAUUAUUUUUUUAGACGAAAUUGCCCUUCUUUGUUCGCUAAAGCGGGUUUCUGCUCUCUCUCUCUCUCUCCCUCGCCUUUUGAUUUGUCUAAAGAAAAUCACUGAAAAAGAGUCUCGUUGCUUUCCAUAUUCUUCGAUCGAUUUGGCGUGGAAUUCCGCUGUCGGCGUUAAAUUUCCGGCGUCAAGGGUACUUCCUGCUGUAUUUCACAGCCGGCCGCCAUCGCCGUUAUACCGGGGGAGACUGAUUGACGACAUGGAAUUUUUAUGACAUGUUAAUCAAUUCUGGUUGAAGACUCGCAGAUGAAGAAGCUAUUCUUUUUCAAAUCUUCUUCAUCCAGCAGUGGAAACAAUCAAGUUCCUCUGCCAUCAACAGAUAAGCAAGUUUACUGGGAGUACCCGUUGGAAAAUGGGCUCAACAAUCAAUCUAGAGACAAGGUUGAUAACAAUUUUCGAAGCCCCAAGGGACUGUCUUCUAAAGUCCGGAAACCAGCAUCUGAAACCCAGAGUGCUGCUACCACUCCAUGUCUUAGAAGGAGCCUCUCAUUUUCAUCAGCAGUCUUUAACAGCAGCAGUGGGCUCAGCCAAAGGAACUUGUCCUGUGCAAGUGAGCAAAGUAGAUCUCCUUCAAGUAGCAGCGGUAGUAUCUUGCCUCUGCAACUUGAUCGUUCAUCUUGUUCUCGUUCUACAACUCCAGAGAGGCAAUUAAAAGCAAAAAGACUUGAAGCAGCUGCUUCUCAAAAUGUACAUCGAACAGAAAAGCCUGAUUAUGCUGGUUCUUCCAGAGUUCACAAUGAUUCAUCAGGAAAUUCUUCCUCGUGCUCCAGCAAUGUCUCAAGUAGAGUUUUGGACCUCUAUAUUGAUGGAGAACAGCAGCAGGAAAGGAGCAGGCCCAGGAGCAGUUCUUCUCAGAGAAAUAAUAUUGGCAAUGGAAAUGGUGGUGGGAGGCGUCCCCCACGAGUUCAGUUUGCAGCACCUGUCUCACCGGUCGAUGUUAUCAAAGAUAGACCAAGCUCUUGCUCAUUUAGAGAAGCUACAGGGACUCAGCUUUAUUUUUCAUCUAAAGAUUUGGCAGAGAAUGGAUUUGGGCAUGAAUCUCCACGAAAACUUGCAAAGAGUGUGAUCGACAAACUUUCUCAUUCACAUGUGUCUACCAAAAAAAUGUUGAAUGGUUGCGACCCUAAUAUCCCAAUUACAGUUAAAGAUGUUUAUGGUGAAUCCUUGAAUAGAUGCUCUGGUUCAAAUUCAGAAGGAAUGGGUCGAAGAGAUAUUCCAUUGAAUGAACCUUAUGAAACGAUCAAUGGGUAUCAUCCCAAGGCAGUAUCAAGUUUCCAGAAGCAAAACUGUUUUUUUUAUGAUAAAUGUGGGGUUCUAAAUUCUGUUGAUGACGAAGAGGAUACAGACAUGGAAUUACGUAGAAAAUUCAAGGAAGCUGAACAGAGGUUCUUGUUUCUUUCUGAAGAGAUUGAGCAGGAAAGUUUUCUUCCAGAUGGUGGGUUCAGUGUGCCAUCUUUGGUUCAGACAAUUAGAAAUUUAAUCGAGGAGCGCAUAAGCUUGGCACUUGAGGUUUCAGCAGCUUUACAGGGUAGAAUUGAAGACAGGACUUCUGCUAAGGAACAGCUGAGACUGGCAAAAGCAGAAUUGGACUCGCAAACCCGAAGGUUAGAGAAGGAGAAGAAUGAGAUGCAAUCAGGAUUGGAAAAGGAGUUGGACAGAAGGUCGAGUGACUGGUCAUUCAAGCUUGAGAAAUACCAGUCAGAAGAGCAGAGGCUUCGUGAGCGGGUAAGGGAACUUGCAGAGCAGAAUGUCUUAUUCCAACGGGAACUUUCUUCCCUUCAUGAGAGGGAAGCAGAGAGAAGAAGCAUGAUAGCACAGUCAGAAUUACAACUUAAGGACCUGUCUACAAAGAUGGAGGAAGCAAAAAAGCAGAAUCGAGAUCUUCAGCAGAAUCUUUCUAUCUUACAAGAGAAGUAUCUGGUAGCAGAAGAAGAACGAGGUUGCAUCCAAAGAAAUUAUGAAGAGAAGGAGAAAGAGUGUAAGGAGUUGCACAAAUCCAUUACAAGAUUACUAAGAACCUGUAGUGAACAGGAGAAAACAAUUGAUGGGCUGCGAGAAGGACUUGGUGAGGAGAUCAGGAAGAAGCAAUCUUAUGAAAGUUUGGACCGGCACGUGGAUAAAUUGCAGAUGGAGCAAAUGAGACUGACAGGAGUCGAACAGGCAUUGAGGAAGGAGGUUGAAUCAUACAAGUCUGGAGUUGAUUCUCUUCGGCAUGAGAAUAUUAACCUACUAAACCGUCUAAAAAUUCUUGGAAAAGAGGGCGGUUUUUCUACUUAUAAGCUGGACCAGGAACUGUGGACCCGCGUCUGCUGCUUGCAGAGUCAAGGUCUGUUAUUGCUCAAAGAGAGCAACCAGCUCUGCUCAAAGUUACUAGAAUUUAUUAAGGGGAAAUCAGGCUAUACUUUCGACGCUAAGCAUGGUAUAGAAGUUGUUAAAGGUGGUUUAGAUGGGCAAUUUGUUGUUGAAUCAGAUAUGAAAGUCCAGGGUUUCAAACGAUGUGCUGAAAAUCUCACAAAGAGUUUGCAGACAAUGUCCACUAUACUGCAGGAGAAGUCCAGCAUGGUUGUUUUAGAAUCCCAGCCACAGUGUUCAAAUGAUGGUGGAUCAGGGCAACCAAAUGAACAAACUUCAGAGGAAUCUAUACGAUUUGAGCUUAAACAAGAGAUUUUAUUAACAAGUGUUUUACGAGACAAGCUUUAUUCUAAAGAGCUGGAAGUUGAGCAACUGCAAGAAGAAUUGGCAACCGCUGUACGAGGCAAUGACAUCGUCAAAUGUGAAGUCCAAAAUGCAAUGGAUACCUUGUCGUGUGCCACCCACAAGUUGAAAGAUCUUGAACUUCAGAUGCUGAAGAAGGAUGAUAGCAUAAACCGCCUCCAAAACGAAGUUCAGGAAUCUACAAAAGAAUUAACGAUUAUAAGGGGUAUACUGCCGAAAGUUUCCGAGGAGAGAGAUUUGAUGUGGGAAGAAGUGAAGCAGUACAGUGAGAAGAACAUGCUAUUGAACUCAGAGGUUAACUUGUUGAAGAAAAAGGUAGAGACCCUUGAUGAAGAUGUACUCUUGAAAGAAGGUCAAAUAACAAUCUUAAAAGACACGCUAGGUAACAAAACCUUUGACCUCCUUGCCAGUCCUGAAUCUGCACGAGAAUUCCUACUGGAAUGAUUGAAAAUAAGUGGAGCUUUUGGUUAGAUGAGCAAUCAAUUACACACUGUUCAUAGCUUAGACUUUGAAGUUGUGGUUUUGAGUUUGCUUCCGCCCCUCCCACAUUUAGUCAACAGAAUAUAUACCUUUAUUCUUCUGUAAAAGGCGGGUUUCAAUAUUGUAGUUGGUGUCCCUUUGGUCAAAAUCAGGAAGAAAAAAAAAAAAACUGUUCAUGCAAUGCUUUAUUGGAUAUCUCCCUUUGCUGUAUUGGCUUUUGCUUUUUUGUAUACAUGUAUUGGUCUGCCGUCUGUGGGAAGAAAAAAAGAACUACAAAUUUUUCCUUCA